AUGGGUCUUUUUGUACAGCUGGCAGAGGCGGCGAAAGCGCAAUUUUCACGAGAUCAUAGUGACUAUUUUGCCCUUGUGAGGGCGUAUGAGGGUUGGAAAGUGGCUGAACAAGCACUUAGUAGAUAUGAAUACUGUUGGAAGAAUUUUCUGUCUGCUCAGUCCAUGAAAUCUAUUGAUUCAUUGAGAAGAGAGUUUUUAUCUUUGCUUAAAGAUACUAGUGUUGUCAAGAGCAAUAUGGUCAUUUUCAAUGCUUGGAAUUAUGACGAAAAUCUCAUUCGUGUAGUUAUCUGCUACGGCUUGUAUCCCGGAAUUUCCUCCAUCGUCCAUAAUGAAAAGUCAUUCUCACUGAAAACCGUGGAGGAUGGUCAGGUGCUUUUACACUCGAUCAAAGUGAACUCUGUUUUUCUCCGGGAUACGAAUGUUGUUUCCGAUUCCGUUCUGCUACUGUCUGGUGGAAGCAUCUCAAAAGGCGAUAUAGAUGGGCACUUGAAAAUGUUGGGAGGAUACUUGGAGUUCUUCAUGGAACCUUCAUUAGCUGAAAUGUAUCUCAACUUAAGAAAAGAUCUCGAUGAGUUAUUCAAGUAUAAAAUCGACUACCUUCAUAGGACUGGAAGAAUCGCUCGCAUGGGUGCCAAAGGCAAAUUUCGUCAUUUUUUCAUGGAAUCUGACUUCUCAUAUGAAGAGACGGUAGCAACAGGCAAAAACUACAACACCGUAAAUCAAAAGUCAACAAUCUCUUAGAGAUCUGAAAGACACAUAACGAACUAGAGGCGGACAUAUCUUCUAAACUUGGAGAGUUGGAGAGAAACUACAAUUAAACAUGUAGGUCAUUGAAUUGGAAAGAUCAAGGACCAAAGGGACUAUAUGUAGGGUUGGUUGGGUCUCUUGUUUCAACUGUUGCAUUUGUGUUAGGUAAAUGGGUCUGAAUACAUGUCUCAAUUAGAGAUAGUAUAUUCUUAGGGG